AAGAACUUUACACUCGUUUCACUGCUCCACACUCUUCCAUUUCACUCACAAGGCAUGGAAGGUUUCAAGGUUUUCCAAGUCAUUGCAAUAUUAGCAGCUGUGUCAUUCAUAUCAGUUAAUGGACAAAUUUCUACACCCUGCACAGCCUCAAUGAUCAGCAGCUUCACCCCAUGCCUAAAUUUUAUCACUGGAAGCACUAGCAAUGGCUCAUCGCCAACUCAGGGCUGUUGCGGUGCAUUCAAGUCGCUCAUGAGCGGUAGCAUGGAUUGUGCUUGUCUUAUAAUUACAGCAAAUGUACCUUUCCAACUGCCCAUAAACAGAACCCUGGCACUCAGUCUCCCCCGAGCUUGUAACAUGGGUGGCGUUCCAGUGCAGUGCAAAGAUUCUGGCACUCCUCUACCUGCUCCAGGCCCUGUUCCUUUUCUACUUCCUCCGACCCCUCCACCAACAGCCGCGUCUGCUUUAAGUCCUAGAGCUUCCAAAGCUUCAGCAGAAGGUCCAGCACCGCAAUCUGAUACGCUCCAGGACUUAAUACCUGCAACAGCACCAGGAGAAGAGGAUGAACCAGAAGCCCCCUCAGCCACAGUAAAUCCUGGGAUUAGGCCAGUAUUAGAGCCAUCGGCAUCUAAUCCAUCUUACAUUUCCCCUCCAUCACUACUCAUAUUAUUGAUUGGAAUCACAAUUUUCAAGCUCUAUUGAGUCCUAACUGUAUUCUAUAUUUGUUCUUAAGUUCUGGAUAUGUGAGCUUAUUUCGUUGUGAGUGAUCUGAGUUUAAUGGUGGCUCUUGGCCCCCGCAUUUAUUUGUAUCUUAUAUAUCAGAUAGCAAAACUCAAUUAUAUUUGAUCCAUGUUGAUAAAGAACAUGUAUGCGGCAAACAUUGAAUCGUCCCAAGCAAGUUUAUA